UUGAACAGAACCCCAGUCUCGUACCCAGCCAACGCGACCGGGUUGAAGCGUGUGCACAUUCGUGUCACCUCUCUGUUUGGUUUGCGAUUGUUGACCGUAACAUUCGACAAUGACGAAUGCAAGUUGUUCUACGAUGAAUUUCCACGACUGAAGAUUGAAAACGCUCGCCGCUUGGAGCACUUUAAAGUCGGGGCACCUGCUGGGGGCGUCGGAGAUGGGAGACGCGGCCGCCUUCGAGAGCGGGGGGCCCGCGGGGGGGAGCGAGCCCGGGGGGCCGGGUUCGGGGCCCCCCCAGACGUUCGUGUUCAUGGACGCGGAGGCAACGGGGGUGGCGCGCGACCGGCCGCGCAUCACCGAGCUGUGCCUCGUGGCCACCGACCGCUUCGCCCUGGAGAACGUGAACUACGGGCCCGGAGGCCUGCCCAGACCGCCACGCGUCCGGGACAAGCUCACGUUCUGCCUGGACCCCAGCAAGCUGGUGUCGAACACGGCCUACCAGCUCACGGGCCUGAGCAACGAGAAGCUGGCGGAGAAUCGGCGCCAUGAGUUCGAUGGCGACGCCGUGGCGCUCGUGUCCGGCUUCCUGGCCCGCCAGACGCCGCCCGUGUGCCUCGUGGCGCACAACGGGAUCCAGUUCGACUUCCCGCUGCUCAAGGUGGAGUUCUUUCGCGUCGGCGCUUCCCUGCCGGCCGCCACGCUCUGCGCUGACACCCUCCCCGCGCUGCGCUCCAUCAUGGCCAGCAACACCGCGUGGCAGCCGCCCUGCGGAGGAGCGGCGCCACCGGGGGGGGCUCACGGCGUCCGCGGCCGCAAGCGCAAGCUCAGGGCCGACGGCGGCGAGGCGGCGGGGGCCCUCUCCGACGAGGCCAUCCAGGAGGUGGUGGCGGCCGGCGGAGUGAAGUUCGGUCUGAGCGACCUGUACGAGCUGUUCUUCGGACGCGGCCCGCCCGCGGGGCUGCACAACGCCGAGACGGACGCGCUCACGCUGCUGCGCAUCGCCCAGCGCCGCGCGCCGCAGCUGCUCCCCUGGAUCGACGGCCACGCGCGGCCCCUCGCCGACAUCCCCCUCCUCUACGUGCCCAGCCCCUCCAAGCGGAAGCCUGCCAGGGCCGCAGCCGUGGCCACCGCUGUGGCGGCACCGGCCGUGUGACCUUUCCCCGCUACCACCCGCACCCCCCCCCCCCCACCCAGGGAGCGCCGCGGGUGGCGAGCACCGUGGGGGCCCCCGGGAAAUUGUUUAUUCUGAAGUGUUGUUGUUGUUGUUGUGUUCGCAGUGCCGCCUCUCUGUCACUUCUGUCACUGCACUGGGAGGCGUUGUAUAUGUGUAGUGUACUAGCGCCGGCUGGUGGACAGCAGCGGCAACUGCGGUGGACAGACAGCACACACGCCGGUGAGGGCGUGCGCGGGGUGUGGGUAGAGGGAGGAACUGGGGCAAGGGUCACAGAGGACCCCGUCUGGAGGCCCCUGGAACCUGCUAGCGGGUUCGAGAAGGGAGGCGCGGUCAGGGCGGAGCCAGGCCGCGCUGGGGAGAAUAAAAGGAGCUGAGAGCGGGGGGCUCGAGGCUGCCGGUUCUGGGCGUGGACUCGUCUCGUCGUCGCUGCCGUCUUCGCUAGAUGUUGCGCUGCUGGAAGUUGUUGGCUGUCUCAGCCAGCGCCGUCAGUAUUUGACGGCUAGGGUUGUGUACAGGCGAGGCUGAGCUACAGUGGAGAGUGUGCGGACGAGACUGUGAAAGGUGUUAAUAAAG